AAGAGAGAGAAAAAACGGCGCGAGCGCAUUUAGACAGGGUUGCUUCCGCUAGUGCCAGUGCUGUCAAGCUACCUUAGCCGGCCCGCUGCCAGUAUUCUGUACCAAUCGUUUAUAUUUCAUAAAUUCUCCAUCAAAUUGUGUCAUCAUGGAUUUGCCGUUGAAUGAUGGCCCCCGGCCGCCUCAGCAAGAAAAUCCACACCCACUGGCAGACUAUCAGUUCUCUGCGGAGGAGGUGAAGGCAUUACGUGAGUGCAACACUGAAUCUUUCCUCCAGCGGUCGCUGCCCUUCGGCACAGGUCUGGGCCUGUUGGCCUACUUUGGUGUGAAGAAUGGCUACCUGCAGGGCAAUGGAAAGUACGGAGCUGUGCCCAAAGUGGUCAUGGGCGUCAUCCUGGGUUACUUUGUGGGCAAGUUCAGCUACCAGCAGAAGUGCGCCGAAAAGAUAAUGCGGCUGCCAAACUCCCGCCUAGGCGAAGUCCUGCGGCAGCGCCGACAGGGUGGUGGUGUCAUUAGCACCAUCACGCCAGAUGAGAGCCUGAGCCGAGCGUUCACAUUGGCUCCCUUCUCGCCCAGCUCCGCGGAUGUGUACAGCGACGAGGGAAUGAAGCCUUCGCGCAACACUGCUCUGAACUUGGACACUGAAUCACGGCCCACUUUGGCUGGCUUAGAUGACAUAUACCGGCCCAGCCUGGACUCGUCUGGCCAAUUGAUGGACACUGAACUGCCUCUGGAGCCGGCCAAGCCGGGACAAAGCUACGAAGAUUUGCGCAAGAAGAAUCGCGAGGAGUACGCGAGUCGUCAGCAGAGUCCCUACUCAAAGCCCUACGAGCCUCCGGCGCCCCUUCAGCAGCGCCAUGUCGAGCCAGCACCGGAAGCAGCCACUGGAAGUCCGAAGAGGAAUAAAUAUGGCGACUCCUGGACAGAUUGAGCCACUCACCAUAUGCUAUUGUUACUGAUUACAGCCGUUUGUUUGGAUAUAAAAGUCAGGAAGUGUUUGAUUCCCUCAAACUUCUGAA